GUUCUGCUUCGACUACGACGCCGAGUGCGGCAGCGGCCGGGACUGCAGCAAGGGUGCGGCCCCGGGCUACGCCCACUUCACGCUCUUCGGCGGCCGCACCGCGGUCGACGUGCCCUUCGGGCCGCAGGGCACACCCGAGGUGCACCUCGCGCUCCUGGACGACGAGUACUUCUCCUUCCCGGAGGUCUCGCAGGUCUGGACCGAGGCGAACUGCACGGACAUCCUCCGCGCCGCGAAGAGGUCGUUCAAGCUCGACUGGCACAAAGUCGCCGACAAGACCGGCAAGGCUUCGGGGUGGACCAUGGAGACCAGGGUCGUGGAGAAGGAUUGCGCAGAGGCGAUGCCGCCACCCACGUGGAACAUGACAGCCCUCCUGGCGGCCGUCAGGAACGGUGAGCAGCGCACUGAGUUCGUUGACGGGACAUCUAGGUUGCUGGAGGACCGCGUGGACGAGCGCAUCGGUGCCCACGACCAGGACGCCCCAGACAACAUCUUCGAGCUGCUCGACAGGUGCCUGGCCGAGGUCGGCUCUGAGUUGUUCACCAAACCGCUGGACGUCCCAGGCAGGUACGCGCACCGGGCCAAGCUACGACGCGACCUGCUUUUGAAGAGGAUCGGACCUGCGGGCGCCUCGCCCUCCUACCAUGGACCUCGAGGCCGUGGCAAUGGAGCUCCAGGAGUUUUCUCAGCGUCUUCGCCUCCUUCGACGGAAGCACACAUGAGCUGUUCGGGAAUCGUACACCCAGGCCUCCUGCGAGGCGGCGGGGUGGAGACUUCGAAAGGCAGCAGGGAGUUCCGGGCCAGCAUAAGAGACAUGAGCGACGCCUUCGGCAGCACGAGCUGGGAAGCCAUGAGUACGGCGAAGUCCACUCUGGGCCAGCCUGAACACGUUGUGCUUUGUGAGAACAGAUUUCGUGAUGCAGUCGUUCUACUACUUAGUGACCAAGGGGAGUUAGCAGUGAAGACGCGAGUGGGAGGAGUGGUGAGGGACCCUUUCAUGGCCGCGGCCUGUUCGACGAUGUUUCUCCGACCGGUGCAACAGUGGACCGAGGAUUUUCGCGCUGCAGGCCCGGCGCGCUCUCUGUCGUGCGCUGGGUGGGACGGCCAAUCAGCCGACCUUAGUCAUGACAAGUAUGCCGACGAUCUCUACCGCCGCACCCCCAAUGGCCUGUGGCCGAGUUAAAUCAUUCCGACGAUUGCUUCGACGCUCUCUUCCAGGACUAUGCACGGAUGCAGACAACAUCGAGGAAAGCAAGAGUUGGCGGUCUGGGUCGAGGGGGAGGGGCCCUAGCGCGUCGCAGAUGGCUUCGCGGGCCCGGUCGGACCCUUGAUUCGGGCGCCCUGAAGGAGGAGGGCAGACAUCUGGGUCCACGCAUCAAGUGAGGAAGUUGCCCGUCGGCAUCUCGCAGUACGCUCCGCUUUUUUAUUAAAUGGUUGGCCUUUGGUUUCUGAAGCUGCCAUGGAAGCUCACGCGCUCUUUGUUUUGUCCUUGGGUCAGAAUUCAGCCUUGCGCAGCCUGGUGGCCUUCUUGUUCACCAGGCAGCAGUGAUCCAGUCUAGACGCCACAGUGGCGCACUGCGUUCGCGCGGCGAUCCGCGGGCGCGCCUGCUGGACAAUCGAGAGCAGGAGCGACCCGCACUGACGUCCGAGGCUGCGACACUGGCGCAUUUGUGGCGCAUUUGUGAGACGCACGUUGAGUUUGGC